UCUUGUUUGCUUUAGUUGAAAAAAAAGUCAUAUGAAUGCAAUAAUGAAAAAAUCAAUCAAAAGAAAAGCUAUCCCUUUAGGAUGCAUAGUGAUAAAUCGAGAUCGAUAUUUAGUGCUAAACUUGAUUACAAUGAGAGAGAAAAAAGAAAAAGAUGAUGUGGUCGACACUCCACAAAACACAGGACCGCAACAAACGAUGGCAAACUCCACGCCUCGGAUGUUGUUACAAAUGAGAUAUGACAAAUAUCAAAGAAUGGACAUUGAUGAAAUUCUACCUGGUCUAUAUCUUUCUGGUUGCAAUCCUGCAGAGAAUAAGGAUCUCAUGGAAAGUUUCAAAAUAACCCACAUCGUCAACAUGGCGUCAUACUUCGAUAACCAAUUUCCAAAAACUAUAAAAUACUAUAAAAUUAAAGAAGAGGACUUGGAAGAAACCAACUUGUUGCAAUAUUUUGAAAAGACCUUUAAGUUCAUUGACGACGCAAGGAAAACCAAAGGCAGGGUACUUGUUCAUUGUAACGCUGGGAUUUCGCGCGCUGGAACCAUGAUCACGGGGUACGUCAUGAGAACAAAGGGAAUGACGAUGACGCAGGCCAUGGAGUUUGCGCAGUCUAAACGUAGAAUGAAUCCAAUCGACCCCAACGAGGGUUUCAUGAAACAGCUGAAAAAGUAUGAAGAAAUGUUGAGAAAGGCAAAGGUUCUCAAAUGACAAAGGAUCUCAAAACAAACAAGUUACCGGAAACUGCAUGUAGACGACAUUGUGAGGUGGACGGAGCAUGGAACCGACAUGGCGCCUUGUGUUUAUCUCUUAUUUUUCUACUUUCCAAUUGUUGAAAAAAAUGAAUAUCGCAACAUUUAUCCACUGGUACCCGUGCCAAUGCUUUUGUGUACUAUAUGCAAUAAAUUAUUUUUAUUAUAAUAAAAACUUCUUUC